GUGUUUGAUGUUGACCCUCCUAGUGGCCACGUGCAUUGGGCUGACUCUGAGUAGUUCGGUGCAAAAAAAAUUCAAAUUACUGAAUAUAUCUGUCAACUAAACACCUCAUCAAUUUCUCUCAGUUAUUAAUCAUCUGUCGUUUUCCAAAUUACGAAAAUGAUUUUCCAAAUUCGUCCGAAUGAUCUCCAAAUAAUUGGGCACAUUCGUUUUCAAAUUACACGCAUUCGUCUGCCAAGUAUAUAGAGGUAAAUCGCAUGUCUGCUAUGGACGCCACCAGAGUCCACCCACGGUUUGUCCGAGAAAAUUUCUUGAUGAUUGGUCAAAUCUUUGACUAUAUUUCCAUAGCUACGAAAAUCAAAACAUUCGUUGGACAUUCGUUGUUUCAUAAAUGUGUUAGCAUUCGAUCUACCUUGUUCUGAAGAAAAAAAAAACACUGCAAUGAACUCUCAAAACUCAGUUGGGUCAGCUUAAACAUUCUUUAAGAAGUCAUGACCACUUUCAAUAAAGAUAAACCAGCGAUUGCAGCAGAACUAAGAGGUAGUCGAUGGCUCGAAGCAGUGUGGGAACCUGGAGCUCGGUUGUAUGUUUUGCCUGGCGGUCUGGAAGUACUCGAUGUAUCCGGAGAAGAAGACCCAAGAUUGGUUUGCGCAGAUCUGGGAACAGCAACAAUGAACUCGUCAAAAAUCCGAGUUUACAAAGGUGGAGAUCCUAUCACCGAACAUCAUCUGGGAGACUGCCCAUCUGGUGUUGUCGGCUUCUAUUCUGAAAAUCGAGAACUCGAAUCUGCGGCAUUAGCGGUAGCAGCGGGAUCUAGUGUGUACAUAUACAAAAAUAUGAGACCAUAUUUCAAAUACUGCCUGCCUCCAAUCGAGCCUCAUCCGAGAGAAAGAGAAAUUUGGCACAGGGCAGGACUUGAAGAUGAUCCAAAUGUACUUAUGCUGACUGACGAAUUAGAAUUGCUUCAGAAAGAACUUGGUGGGUCGCUAAUAACACCUAGGACUCUCAAGCUGUUGUCAAUGGAGAUAAGUCUAAGGCCAAAUUUCAUCGAACAAUAUCGCAGAGUGCCUCUAUCCCGUCCUGGGGUUGCAACCACGAUUGGAAUAAUUCGUAAAGACUCUUUGAAUGAUCCCGCGAGCAGUUGCCUUUUGAUUGGCACAGAGCACGGACAAAUAUUAGUCCUGGAUACCAGGUAUUUGAUAAAAAAUUUUAACCAAUUUAAAUCUACAGAACAGCAGUUUAUGAAUUAUUGUGCUAAUAUUUUACAUCCCAGAGCAUUUACAGUUAUCGACAGACUUCUAUUGGGUUGGGCGCCAGUUGCAAUCAUAGGUGUAGGACUGUGGUCCGGAGGUGGUAGAGUAGUUGUUAUUGGAAGAAACGGAGAACUAGGAUCUGCCGAACGAGGCUCUGGUUCAAAGUUAUGGCAUCAAUUUCCCGCUCCCGCAGUUUCUCUCUCAAGAUUGCCAAAUGAUGGGGCAGCCGUUGCCGUAAUGGAUGGAAGUCUCUGGGGCUUUUCAAAGAAGGGCGCUUGCUUAUGGAACCUCGAGUUACCAAACAUACCUCUUGACUUGGUAGGACUACCUAUAUCCCAAAGAAGAUUUUCACUUCUUGCAGUAAGCGUUGCUGGCUACGGAGUUCGUAUUUAUGAUGGAAAACAUCAUGUCGAUAGCAUAAACACAAUGGAGGCAGUUUCUGCAUUAAAGUAUGGUCGACUGGGGCAAGAAGAACGUGCAAUGUCGAUGAUAACCGUUGGAGGAGGUUUGAAUGUAAAAAUAUUGAAGCGUACCGCAGAUUUUACCACUCAUACCACACCAGUUUUACCAUCCAAUGUUGGAGCUCAUUUUGCAAUACCAAAGAAAACGAGAUUAUUUGUCGAGCAAACGAUCAGGGAAAGAGCAGAGGCUGUUAAAAUACACGAUAUAUUUCACCAAGGGUUGACUCGACUGAAAGUACACACCGCUAAAGAAGCUGCUAACAAGCUCACAAAUAAUCAGGAUUUUGGUCAUUGUCCAGUCAUAAUUGAUGCCAGCGUACUUGGGCUUGGUCCAAACUACAUGAUUAAAAUUUCCGUCAUUAAUAUAUCUGACGGUCUAUCCGACACAGGAUUUUUUAUAGCAUGCAGUGGUGAAAACUCCGAUGUGAAACCAAGAGUUAUUAGAUUGCCACUACUACCGAGCUCUGUUCCCAUACCCUUGGUGAUCAACGCGAGUCCUUGGAGUAUGAUUUCUGGUAAAAUCAAGAUAAUGUUAUGCAGAAUAGGCAGAGUGAAACCUAUAGCGUUAGCCAGUGUUGUAUUACCCGCCUGCGAAGAGGAUAUCGAAAUUUGAAUUUUGAACGCCCCAAUUCAACACUCAAUCAAUCCCUGGGGACCAACUUAGAAUGCAUUUUAUGUACUUGGAUCUGAGUAAUCAUUUUACAAAAUUCUUUAUUACUGAUAAGAUAUAUUUUCAACAGAUCGCUCAAAUAUGACUGGCAGAAUAACAUCACAUAAUAUAAUACCCUAAGUUAUCUUGUAUGAAAUGUGUAGAAUGAGAUCUUAACAAAACAUAACUUUUCUAUGUUUUAUAGAGUAUACCCAUAUUAUAUGAACCUAACUACUUACCUACAAUUUUGUGUGUUUUAGCAUUCUUCUCACUCCUGUUCAUUAUGUUAUCAUACAACCAAUUAUAUAGGUAUAUACAUGUUUAUUUAUACAUA